CUUCUCUCUGUCGCCAUUAAAGCUCGAAGUCUCUUUUUUUCGAAGAUUCUCAGGGAAAAAAUAAAGUGAGAGAGAUGUCGAACGUUUAUCAGAAUCGACGACCUUCGUUCUCAUCUUCAACGAAAUCUUCAAUGGCGAAGCGUCAAGCGUCGUCGUCUUCAUCGGAGAAUUCAGUGAAACCUAUGGCUGUGAUGACGAAGAAACGAGCACCGUUGAGUAACAUCACUAAUCAAAAGAACUGUUCUCGAAUCCCUAAUUCAUCUUCUGAUUCGGUACAUUGUUCGAACAAGUCUGCGAAAUUGAAGUUGGCACCACCAACACAAGGUGUUUGUGAAAAUGCGAGUUUCUCUAGCAAUCUGUUACAAAGUGUUAAGCCAAGCCUAGUUCAAAGCAAAGUUGUUUCUUUACCUUAUAAAGUGUCUUCUCCUAGUAAAUCUGAUGAUGGGUCUGUUUCAAUGGAUGAGACAAUGUCUUCAAGUGAUUCAUACAAGAGUCCGCAAGUUGAGUAUAUUGAUAAUGAUGAAGUCUCGGCUGUUGUUUCUAUUGAGAGGAAAGCAUUGAGUAAUCUUUACAUUACUCCGAGUUCAGAGACAUUGGGUAAUUAUUGCAGUAGGGAUGUUUUGUCUGACAUGAAAAUGGAUAAGAAGAGUCAGAUUGUUAACAUUGAUAAUAACACUGCGGAUCCACAGUUGUGUGCAACGUUUGCUUGUGACAUUUAUAAGCAUCUGCGUGCAUCCGAGGCAAAAAAGAGGCCUGCGGUUGAUUUCAUGGAGAAAGUUCAGAAAGAUGUGAAUUCGAGUAUGCGUGGAAUCCUAGUUGAUUGGCUUGUUGAGGUAUCAGAAGAGUAUAGGCUUGUACCUGAGACGUUAUAUUUGACAGUGAACUACAUAGAUAGGUAUCUAUCUGGGAAUGUGAUUAGUAGGCAGAAGCUUCAGUUGCUUGGUGUGGCAUGUAUGAUGAUUGCAGCAAAAUAUGAAGAGAUAUGUGCACCACAAGUUGAGGAAUUCUGCUACAUCACUGACAAUACAUAUCUCAAGGAUGAGGUUCUUGAUAUGGAAUCUGAAGUUCUGAAUUACUUGAAGUUUGAAAUGACAGCCCCAACAACCAAAUGCUUUCUAAGACGCUUUGUACGAGCUGCCCAUGGUAUUCACGAAGCUCCAUUGAUGCAACUAGAAUGUAUGGCCAACUACAUUGCAGAAUUAUCGCUUCUGGAGUACACAAUGCUCUCUCAUUCCCCUUCACUCGUAGCUGCUUCUGCCAUUUUCUUGGCUAAGUACAUUCUAGACCCAACAAGACGACCAUGGAAUCCGACAUUGCAACACUAUACGCAAUACAAAGCUUCGGAAUUGAGAGGAUGUGUAAAGGAUCUUCAAAGAUUGUGUAGUACUUCCCACGGCUCUACUCUACCUGCUGUGAGAGAGAAGUACAGCCAACACAAAUACAAGUUUGUGGCAAAGAAGUUUUGUCCAUCCAUAAUCCCACAAGAGUUCUUCAACAACAGCUAAAUCUUCAAGUUCAAACUUUAUAUUUUCCAAUGCUGCGUUGGAUUGUUUUGUAUAUGGUUUUGCUGUUGUUGGGUUAAUUUUAUAAAAAUUAGCUUAUCUACGAUCUCACUUCACUCUGAUAAUCAUUUAUUGAUAUUUAUGAAAUAAACAGCAAUGUGAAAAUGAGAAAUUAAUCAAUUAGUUGAUAAA